AUGGAGAAUUCUCGUCCAGUACAAGUUGCAGGUGGAGAGUUGGGAGGGCGACCAGGGCGUACUGCACAGAGGCCGGCCGCCGCGCUGGGCCGCGCGGCUGGCAGCCGCUGCCGACGGGCCGGGGCAGGGCGCGGCGGGAGGCGCCAUCGAUCGUCGGCGGCGUCCUACGGGGGGGGGGGGGGGGCGGCGGGGGCGGCAGAGGCGCGGCUGCGGGCUGCGGGCCGCCACGGCCGCUUUGUGCGCCACCCCGCCCCCUGGCCCUCGGCCCGCGCCGUGCCCUCGCCUCACCCUCGCACUCACCCCUGCCCGGCACAGAAACACGGCUGCAGCGGGCUUUUUACAGCAGCCGGCAACACGUGCGACGCCCCGCCGCCAGAUUACGGCUCGCGCCCGGGCGCGGCCGCUCGCCAGGUGGCCCACACCUCGCGCCGUCUCGCGCCGCCUGCCCGCUGCCCCGCGCUGAGCGACGGCAGCCGCCAGCAGCCCGCUGCCAUACACACGUACCUGCAUCUACUCAUGCAAACACCUCAGUUAGGAAGUGGACCUAAUUACACCAGUAGCGUGGUUGCAUGCUACCUUUACCAGGACUUCCCACUUCCUGGACCAACUUCGCUGCCUCCGCCCCCUGCCUGCGUGUUGCCUGGAAGCGCCGCAGCCCAGGCGGUGCGCGUCUCGAGAGCUGCGGGCGGCGGAGGUGCGGGGGCGGAGGCGGGCGCGGGGGCUGCGCCCGGCGAGGCGCCGUCGUAA